AUGAAAAAUUGUUAUGAAGAUACGCGGUUAUCUGUUAUAGUUAAUGGGGUAGCAACAGGCUUCUAUAAGGGAUCGAGAGGCCUUCGGCAAGGGGAUCUCCUCUCGCAGUUUUUAUUUCUAAUGGUCGCAGAGGUAUUUUCAGCUCUUAUGAAGAAGGCAGAAAGAAAUGGGUUAAUAAGUGGUUUCAAAGUAAAGAGCAAUGGAACGCCAAUAACGCAUUUACAGUUUGCAGACCAUACGAUUGUGUUUCUUGAUGCAAAUCCUGCACAGUUUACGGCAUUAAAGCAAAUCCUAAUUGAGCUGCAACAAAUUACUGGAUUGAAUACUAAUUUGGAAAAGUCUUCAGUUAUUGGAGUAGGAGAUGCCGCCAGUAAUUGCGAUAAAUGUGCUCGCGUACUGGGGUGUGAAGUUGGAAGCCUUCCAAUUAAUUAUUUAGGACUUCCUAUUGGUAGUUCUUCAAGAAGGAUAAGUAUUUGGGAUCCGGUUAUUGAUAGGCUAAAGAAAAGGCUAGCGUCAUGGAAACGACAAUACUUAUCGAAAGGAGGGAGGUUGAUCCUUCUUAAGAGUGUUUUAAGAUCGAUGCCAAUAUACUAUCUCUCGUUAUUUGCAAUUCCAGCAUCAAUAGCAAAUACAUUGGAAAAAAUCAUGCGUAAUUUUCUUUAG